AUGCCCGCAAAACUUGGUAGCGUAGCUGGACCAUUUGUGCCAGAUGAUGUCACCCUGAAUUUCAUUCAUAAACGCAGAUUUGCUCAUUACAAAUCCUAUAAGGUGUACUUCCAGCCUGAUACCGAUGCGAAGUAUGCCGCAGUUCAUGAGAUUUACCUUAUAAACUUGGGGUUUUUCAUCGCACGCCAUCCUAAGCCGGGUGAUGUGGUUCCAGUCGCCGAAGAGGGAAUGCAGCUGAAUGGGUGCUUUCUUGGGGCUUGCACUACCACAGAGGAAGAUCUAACCUCGGUGCUCCAGUAA